UUGUAACGCUCUUAAGCAUCCUUGCUUGAGGGAAGACGUUCAUAUAAAACUAGGUUAUGUGUCAUAUGAUCAAUUUAUUUUUUGUCAAUAACAUGUGGUUUCAGCGGACACUCCGACCGAACAUGACAACAAAGCAGUAAAAUAACUUAAUCACGGUCACGAGACAAUCGAUGCAAAAUAUGAUAAAAACGUUAAAUCCAGCGUGACUAAUUAUAUUUGCCCUAACUGUAAGGGUGACACAUGUCUAAUAUAUUUAAAACAAAAAGUACGGACAUCAUCACACUCUCGCACGUGAAGGACUUGACAGUUGGACAAUGAAAAUGCAUUUGGUAGCAGUGAUAUUACUCGUGAUAUGCCUUGGUGUGGAGAUCCAAGGAAAGGAUAAACCUCGUCAAGCUCGUAAACCACAGAGGACAUGGAGUAAAUGGCUGAGGUGUACUGUGUCCUGUGGGAAAGGCUGGCAAUCUCGUUUAUGUCUAAAGGACAGAUCGUCAUGUAACGGUCGAAUGGCGCAAAGAAGGAUGUGUAACGUACAUCCAUGUCCAGUACCAGAAGAUGGCAGCUGGUCUGCAUGGCAGCCAUACGCCGACUGUGAGAGGUCAUCGACAGAUUACAAAUGCAUGGGUAUACAGGAGAGUAUACGGUUAUGCAAUUCCCCUGCCCCACAGCCUGGUGGGAAGUACUGUACUGGGUGUGAAACCAGGGUGAAACCUUGCUCGUUAUGCUAGUGUGGAACAAGGAAUACUGUCUAUAAUGACACAAAUUAAGUUACAAGACAUUUCACAAUGAGUAACCAUUUCUUUUUUACUUGAUGGUCGCUUGAAAAAUUUCAGAAGGGUGCAUGUCAUUACUCGUGAACAGCAGAAAAAUACUUUAAAACUUAUAUUCUCUAUAUUUGGCCAUGUUAUAAGGUUUGCAGGAAAAACGUAGUCUAAGGUAGAGGUAAAAUUAUACAUUGCUGGUUGGUUAUUGAACAACCACGAGAUGGAAACCUUUUCCUUGCAUAUUCUUAUCGUCAAUACUACGAACAAAUUAUUGCCGUUACACACCUGUAAUCUAUUAUCAUAAUCGCACAAGCUUCAUUCUGUAUACUUUACAUUAAAUAUUAUGAUUGAUUCACAUAAAAUAUUAUGAUUGAUUCACAAACGACUAUCGUAUCCAGUAGUUGGUCAGUUCUGACUGAUAUGUUUUGAAAAAACUGUAAGGUGCUCCUCCGCUCAAAAAAUCGCAUUCUUCAUUUGGCAUUUCAUUGUUUUAACUUUGGGAGACUAGAUAUACAAAUAGUAUAGUUUUCUAUGUUACCACUGCUGUUUGUGCACUAUUAUGGUUACCCACUAUUCUAGUAGAAAUAUGCAUCCGAUUGAACAAAGAUUGUUUCCCUAUGUCGUUAUUUUGUUUGCUUUUUUUCCCUUAAUCAUACAUAAAAUAAUCGUCAUGGACUCCAUGUCAGUAAUUCGAACUAUGAAAACCAUUCUCUUUAUAUGUUUUUGUCUUUUAUAUGCGCAGGGCAUUGAUGUUCUGAAGUGUAACAUUAGUAUGUCAUGUCAGUAUAAUGAUAAUUAGAAAGAAAUGCAGGCUUCUUAAGUAACACACAACCUGUAACGUGAAUACUUUCAAAUUAAUUUAACAAAAUAUAUUCGUUGCUUGCCAUUUCAACCAAAUUUGAACUAAUAUGCAAUCAGUCACAGAGAUCGACAAAAGACCACAUCUACUUUACACAUGGUCACAUUUAACCUUACAGAAGUGUAUGAGGAAGGUCACUUAAUUGCCAUGCAUACAAUCGACCUUUUUGAGAUAUUUUGUAAUUGAAUGCGACGAUCAAAAUCAAACGCAUGAACAAGUUGCUGCACUAGCUACGUAUGAAUAGUUUUUAUACAGUUUCUGUGUCAGUCAUAUACUUAACUUACAGUCAAUUGAUUAUUAUGAAAAAGACGUCAUGCAACCAUUUGGAUUGCAGUUGAUGUAUUUUGCUUCGUUUUGCCGAUUUUACACUUUUUAUGACCUAAUCGGCUAAAACAUACAAAGAACUAACGAACGAUACAAAGGCAGCUAGCUAUUCGUUAGGUGUCUUAUUACCAGCACUGUUAAUGUAUUACAAAGACUCGUAACUUACAAAUUGCAAACACAAAUGACAGUAUUAAUAGUGUAUUUAUUUAUCUAUCUUCACGUGGCAACUUGCAAGAAAUCUUAUCACAUACAAGGUGCAUAUGACCUCGGUGAAUAUGAAGCGACGAUGAUUUUAUGGUAUACUUUAUAUCUGUUCAUAUAUCUAACAUCGCUAGUAAAUCAGGCAGAUGUCUGCAACUGAUUAUUUAUUUUACCAUACCAUCGUGUUUCAACUAUUAUUGUUACUGUAGUAUAUCCUUCUAGAGACGUGCUGAAGGCCUUCAUUACAAAACAAAAAGUCUUAUCAGAUAUAAAUGGUAAACCUUCUUUGGCAAUUUGUUUUUAAUUUAUAUAAAUUUAAAUUUUUCUGAAUAUAUGUUUUGCAUUUACUAUGAUAAACAAUUUCAUACCAUGG